AUGGCCAAGUACCUUAAUUAUUUUCAGUUUGGGGUUGGUGUAUCCGGGGGUGCUGAGGCUGUGUUACCCAGUGCUAAUAGGAUGUUGAGUGAACACCACACUGAUGGGUCUCUUGCAAUGCUUAUAGUGGAUUUCUCAAAUACCUUUAACCUGGUGGAUAGAUCAGCCUUGGUCCACGAGGUUGAGAGGAUGUGCCCUUUUAUUUCUUUGUGGGUGAAUUUCUUAUAUGGGCAAGCAUUGAGACUUUAUAUAGGAGACCAACAUAUACGGUUUGCCACUGGGGUGCUACAAGGUGACCCCUUGGGCCCUCUUUUUUUUGCCCUCAUUUUGCACUCCCUUGUACACAAGAUUAGAAACAAUUGUAAGCUCAUUCUCCAUGCUUGGUAUCUAGAUGAUGGGACUGUCAUUGGGGAUUCAGAGGAGGUGGCUAGCGUGUUGAACAUUAUUCAGGCGAAUGGUCCAGGAUUGGGUCUUGAGUUAAACAUCAAGAAAACGAAGAUUUUUUGGUCCUCCUGUGAUGGUAGGAAGCUUCGUGCCGAUUUAUUCUCGACGGAUAUAGGGAGUCCUUCUUUGGGGGUGAAGCUCCUUGGGGGGGGGGGGGGGGAGGGGGCUGUAAGCAGAGACGCAAGGUUUAUUAGCGGGCUGGCCAUGAAGAGAGCAGUUAAUGUUGUUGACUUGAUGCGUCUUCUUCCACAACUAUGUGACUUGCAGAGUGAGCUCCAUUUGCUUCAUUCAUGUAUGGGCUUUGCAAAACUUUUCUUUGGUUUAAGGACAUGCCAACCGAUGCAUAUAGAAGAUGCAACUUUGUUCUUUGAUAAAGGAUUGCACGGGUCUAUCGAGGAUAUGGUGGUAUGUGGAGGCCCCUUCUUUGGAGACAUCUAG